AUGGAAGAAAGGGAAAAUUUAAGGUAUAACCACGAAAAUAAUAUAGGAAACAAAGUUCCUCUCAAAAGAAAUAAAAAAGAAAUUGAUUCGUUAGCAUAUUCUUUAAAGAAAAAUAUAAAAAGCAAUGACGAAUUGCACAAUAGAGCAUAUUAUUUCUUUUCUCCUGAUGAUAUAUUAGAUAAUAUAAUUUUCAAUUUGUGUCAAUAUAUACCGAAAAAUCAACAUAUACUAGAUAAAAAUGAAGAUUUUGAUAAGUGUCAAAGUUCAAAUAAUUUCUCUUAUAUAACAUCAUCUAAUACAGAUAGUUGGAAUGAUCCAACCAUUUUUGAUGACAUAAGUUUUGAUGAAGGAAAAAAAGAAAUAAUAAAAAAACAAAAAAAAGAACAAAAAAAAGAACAAAAAAAAGAACAAAAAAAUGAACAAAAAAAUGAACAAAAAAAUGAACAAAAAAAUGAACAAAAAUAUGAUCAACAAAAUGAUCAACAAAAUGAUCAACAAGAUGAACAAAAGUAUACAAACAAAAUUGAUAUUUAUUUUCCUAUUAAUAGUCAUAAUAAACAAAUCAAUACGUGUUGUGUAGAAUGGUUAGGAUAUGUAAACGAAGCUAACGGUUAUGCUGCCAUUAAAAUGGUAGGUCCUUUUAUUUCUCAGGAAUAUUAUACAUAUGUCAAUAGACUAGUUUAUUUUUUAUUUAUGAAGACAAAUUAUUAUGGAAUAGAAAAUUUUUUAAGUCAUCACAAUUUUGUUAACAAAGAUGUACCAUUAUAUAUGAAAUGUAAAAAUAAAUUAUGCAUAAAGUUAUCACAUAUAAAUGUAUCGAAUGAUUUAUAUCUUUAA